AUGACUAUUGAAGAAGAAAUUUGUGAAGAACAGAAGACAUCUCCUGUAGCAGGACUUGCUAGUGUGUCACGUGUAAAUCGUCAACUUCGACUGAAAACCAAUCGGAAGGGUAGUGUUGUCAGUGUUGUUCGAGAAUUGUACUUAAGAAAUGAUGUGCCCUGUAGGAGUUCCCUUUGUUCAAGUUCCUGUGAUUUAAACAGAGAUAAAGAUACAUUACUUCCAAUUGAUGUAUCACAUUAUGUUAUUCCCGACUGUCAAAUUGCCAGGGAUUACAUGGAAAUUUGGGAAAUGCCUGAUAUCCGAGGAAUCAUCUUUCCGCAAACUGUAUACAAUAGUGUACAAUAUGAAGGUACAAAUCGUCAAAUGAAACGUCUCAAAAAUCUUCUAGGGGAUCCUCGAAAAGGUUCUAUAUUAUUCUAUAAUGAGUUUCAUCAAUCUGUUUACUGUGAACGGCAACCUGGAGAAGAAGCUUCUAAAUGGCAAACAAGAUGUUGUUAUCAGGUUGCUAAAUGGUUCUACCAUCAUCUAGAAGGGCAAAAACCAAUUAUAAUGGUUACUCAUGAUCUUACAAUGGUUGAAGAAUUGGGCUACAAAACUCUCAAUGUGUUUGUUUUAACAAUGGAAGAUUAUUUGGAGAGCUUUUGGCAAGAUAUUCCUGGUACUAUGGAUUUAUUUGAGUCUCUUAAAGCAUCCCUUGAUGUCAAGCAGAAAGGUACUGAGUAUUUGGGUUAUUUACCUACUGAUGUGCUGGAAGCUGGAAUUAAAUCAGGGCGGUUGAUCAAAGGAUUCCUUAAUGUAAACAAAUAUGAUGCCCAAAGAGAAGCAUUUCUUCAAAGAAGUGGUUCAUCAGAGACAAAACAUGAUGAUUCAGACAUCCUGAUUCAUGGAAUGGCACACCGUAAUAGAGCCAUUCAUGGGGAUAUUGUUGUUGUGGAGCUGUUGCCACAGUCUGAAUGGCGUGGUCAAUCCUUGAACUUAAAAGAUAACAACGAUGGUGCUGAAGAAGAAGAACCUGAUACGUCAUCUGUAAUGCCUAAUGGUAAAGUGGUUGGCAUUUUGCAGCGCAACUGCUUGGAUUAUGCAGCAUCUUUAGCUUCAGAAGAAAAUAAUGAAGUAGAAAGUCAGAAAAGUCUACGCAGAGCUGACCGUGUGUUGGUGAUACCCUGGGAUUAUCGCAUACCAAAGAUUCGGAUUUGUACACGUCAGAUAGACACUCUUAAAGACCAAAGGUUUGUGGUAAGAAUUGAUUCAUGGGAGUUGGGUUCCCAAUAUCCCAACGGACACUUUGUUCGCACACUGGGUGCAGUUGGUGAUCCAGAAACGGAAAUUGCUACUGUUUUGGUUGAAAACAACAUCAUUGUAGGAAAUUUUUCAGACAUGCAGUUACAAGAAUUACCAAAAGUAAAACCAGAUCAUCCAUGGUGUGUUCCCGAGGAAGAAAUUUCUAAAAGGAGAGACUUACGAGAGAGCCAUCUUGUAUUCAGUAUUGAUCCUAAAGGUUGUGAAGAUGUUGAUGACACAUUAUCUGUCAAAUAUUUAUCAAAUGGUAAUAUUGAAUUGGGAGUGCACAUUGCAGAUGUUACAUAUUUUGUAAAGGAAAGAUCUUUAACUGACCUUGAAGCGAAGACACGAGCCAGCACAGUCUACCUUGCAGAUAGACGAUAUGACAUGUUACCUUCAGUACUAAGCUCUAAUCUCUGCUCUCUAAUUAGUGGAGCGGACAGGUGUGCUGUUAGUGUUAUUUGGGAGAUGGAUUCUGACUUUAAUGUACUUGAUGUCUGGUAUGGACGUACUCUUAUUAAAUCACGUUAUAAACUUUUCUAUGAGAUGGCACAGGCCAUAUUUGAUGGUAAAAUGGAAGAAGAAAUAAUUGCUGAGAUUCCUGAAUUAACUGAAAUAGAAGACCAAAAAUUAGCACACAAGCGUGUAGUGGAGCUACGCGAAGCCAUAUGUACUCUGAUGCAGAUUUCCCGUACUCUAAAGGCCAACAGGAAGCAACGUGGUGCCCUAGAACUUGAUGGCAUGGAAACUAGAGCUCUUAUAAACCAGGAUAAAAACAUUGAUGAUAUUAUUCUCAGUGAACAUCUGGAAAUCCAUGAUACAGUUGCAGAGUGUAUGAUUUUGGCCAAUCAUUGGGUAGCCCGAAAAAUUUCUUCAUCUUUUCCUAACCAUUCAUUGUUACGUCACCAUCCUCUACCUAGACAGGAAUUCUUUGACAACUUGGUGGCUUGUGCGAGUUCUCAGGGAUUUACUAUUGAUACAAGUUCGAGUAAAGCUUUAGCUGAUUCUCUUGACAAAUGUGUAGAUGCCAAUGAUGUUUUCAUGAACAGACUUCUUCGAAUGAUGGCAGUACAAGCCAUGUCACAAGCUGCUUACUUCUCUACAGGAUCAAUCAACAGAGACCAAUUUUUUCAUUAUGGACUUGCUCUUGAUGUCUACACACACUUCACUUCACCCAUUCGGAGAUAUGCUGAUAUUCUUGUCCAUCGUCAAUUGUUGGCUGCAAUCGGCACUAAAGAUGAUGGUGGUUUGACAUUAUUGAAUAAUCAGGAACUACAAGAUCUUUGUGAUCAUAUGAAUCAAAAACAUCGAGCAGCACAAAAUGCCCAACGAGAUUCCCAAGAAAUGUUCCAGGCUUUCUUCUUUCGAGAUCGUUCUGCAGACAGUGAUAUUUUUGUGGCUGAUGCUAUUGUUGUUCAACUGAGAGCCAAUGGUGUUGUGGUUUUCUUACCCAGGUAUGGUUUGAAGGCUCCUGUCUAUGUAAAGAACAAAGAAGGCAAAGUGUUACACAUUCCUGCAGGCAAAGAGGUGGCAGAAUGGACACAUGGUGCAGUGACCAGAGGUGAAAAUCAUGUCACUGUGAUCAGCAGGAUAGGAAAGCAACUUUGUUUUACUUUAUUUCAACAUAUAACAGUGAAAAUAUCAUUGGAACCUGUUUUUGCACACAAACCAAAUGUCAGAUUAGAACUUGUGUCUAACAAGUCAUUGCUGCAUUUUGUGAAUGCAGAGUCAAGCAGACCAAAAUCACCACCCAAAGAUUUAUUUAAGGCUGAGACAUCUAAUAUUGUUGAGAAUUCAAAAGAUGCAGACUCUGAAAAUUCUCUUCAAAAAUUAUCAAAGGAAUAUGGACAGUCAACUGUUGAAAACAGUUUGUAUCACAUAUUCGAGUCUUUCCAAGAAAUGGGUUUAAUGCCUGCCUGA